GCCGUUAUAGCGGCCUGGGGGCUGGCGGAGGCCUCGCCGGCCAGUUCUUGGGGCCUCUGCGCCAGGCGUGUGGCAAAUCGAGGUCCUUUGAAGUAAAGGAAACUGGGACUGCAGGUAUAGGCCCGGAUCCUCAACCUCGAACUGUAACCAUGGAGAAAGAGCUUCGGAGCACCAUUCUUUUCAAUGCAUACAAAAAAGAAUUAUUUACUACCAACAACGGCUAUAAAUCAAUGCAAAAAAGACUUCGGAGUAAUUGGAAGAUUCAGAGCUUGAAAGAUGAAAUCACAUCUGAGAAGCUAAUUGGGGUGAAACUAUGGAUUACAGCUGGGCCAAGGGAAAAAUUUACUGCAGCUGAGUUUGAAGUCCUGAAGAAAUACCUUGAUGGUGGUGGUGACAUCCUUGUGAUGCUAGGAGAGGGUGGGGAGUCCAGAUUUGACACCAACAUUAACUUUCUCUUGGAAGAAUAUGGAAUCAUGGUCAAUAACGAUGCUGUGGUUAGAAAUGUAUAUUAUAAGUAUUUCCAUCCUAAAGAAGCUCUAGUUUCCAAUGGAGUCUUGAAUAGGGAAAUUAGCCGAGCUGCGGGGAAGGCCGUGCCUGGAAUCAUCGAUGAGGAGAGCAGUGGAAACAACGCCCAGGCUCUCACCUUUGUCUAUCCUUUUGGUGCCACAUUGAGUGUCAUGAAACCAGCAGUGGCUGUUCUGUCCACAGGCUCUGUCUGUUUCCCGCUGAACAGACCCAUUCUGGCUUUCUAUCACUCGAAGAACCAAGGUGGGAAGCUGGCAGUGCUUGGCUCCUGUCACAUGUUCAGUGACCAAUAUUUGGAUAAAGAAGAAAACAGCAAAAUCAUGGAUGUUGUUUUCCAGUGGCUCACGACAGGGGACAUCCACCUAAACCAGAUUGAUGCUGAGGACCCAGAGAUUUCCGACUACAUGAUGCUGCCCGACACGGCCACCCUGUCAGAGCGGCUUCGAGUGUGUCUCCAGGAGGGCGAUGAGAACCCGAGAGACUUUACCACCCUCUUCGACCUGUCCAUCUACCAGCUGGACACCACCUCCCUCCCCAAAGUCAUCAAGGCCCAUGAACAGCUAAACGUGAAACAUGAACCUCUCCAGCUCAUCCAACCUCAGUUUGAGACCCCGCUGCCGGCCCUUCAGCCAGCGGUUUUCCCUCCCAGCUUCAGAGAGUUACCACCUCCCCCACUGGAACUGUUUGACUUGGAUGAGACAUUCUCUUCGGAGAAGGCCCGCCUCGCUCAGAUUACCAAUAAGUGUACUGAAGAAGACCUGGAAUUCUACGUCAGAAAGUGUGGUGACAUUCUUGGAGUAACCAGUAAACUACCAAAGGACCAACAAGAUGCCAAACAUAUCCUUGAGCACAUCUUCUUCCAAGUGGUGGAGUUCAAGAAAUUGAAUCAGGAACAUGACAUUGAUACAAGUGAACCAGCCUUCCAGAACAAUUUCUGAGGACCAUGCCUCUUGAAGCAUCUUCUGUCUCCUAAUUCUCUUUGUAAACUAUUUUUGAAUUGUUCCUCAAUUCCUUAUCAAGAUUGUCUAUAAACUCUUUCCUCCAUGAGUUGUAGAGGUUUGUGCAUCUUCUGUAGUGCCCAGAUAGGUAUGUUUCUAACAAGAUCCUUAUAUCAGAUACAUUCUAUUUUUUAAGAUUAAAUCUGACUGAAUCUGUACUUUUAUAAUUUAUGAGUCUUUCAUUGAAGUCUUUUCUUCCAACUAUACUUCUGAAUUUGAGUUUCCUUUACCAAAGGCAUGAAUGUCUCUUGACUAUGAAUAUUAUUCAGCUUUUGGACUAGCUCAAGGAUAUAAAAUAAACUUAACCUGCAUGA